CCAAAAUAAAAGGUUUACCUCACAGUUGCUCCAGUAGCUCUAGCUCCGUGGUCAUGAAUUGAUAGCCUACAUUUCUGUUACCUCCACAGUACAUAUUAUAUAUUUCGCCUGUUGAUGUCACCCUUAGCCUACUCCUCCAGCAUUCGGAGUCCCCCAGCACACACACACACGCAGAUGGAUAACUUUGCCGUUCCUCCUGGGUUUCCUUUAUGAUCCCGGGAUCUCCCACGUUCCUCAUCAGACUUCAUCUAGCAACACAUGCGAACAGACCGCUCCUCUGCUCUCCUUUCUACCAGCGACACAGCAGCCUGCUACCACCCCGCACCACGACCCCUCAACCAGGACUCUUCACCUUCAUCCUUCGCAGACUGGCUACGCACGACGAAGUAAUCGAGUGAUUUUCCAAACGGAUUUCCACCGGAAAGCUCGACAAGUGCAAGUACCAAGACAAGGAUUUCUGGGCUAUAUCGACUAAAGCCGCCGACUUCAAAACGUUUUUUUUCCACCGCUGUUGAUCCGUUCGUCUCAGCCGUGCCAUAAUGUCCGAGGUGCUGCCUUAUAGCGAGGGGAAAAUGAGCGGCUAUGGGGACACGGAGGCCAGUCAGAUAUCCUUUAGCUGCGGGCUACAGGACACCAAUUCGUUCUUCGGGGCGUCGCAAGCGAAAAGACCCCCAAAGCUGGGACAGAUCGGCAGAGCCAAGAGAGUGGUCAUCGAAGAUGACCGAAUAGACGACGUCCUAAAGGGGAUGGCAGACAAGUCGUCACCUGGUGUUUAAAGGUGAACGACGCCUUGCAAACUUUUUAUUUUGAUCAGCGAUUUAAAGCACCUGUCGGUUGUGCAUGUUCGAGGAUUGUAGGAGAAACGAUGGCACGAAGCGAAGACAAGGGGAAGGAAAGCAAUGGAAAGAAGUAUGUGAAGAUUGGAUGAGAAAGCAGAGGAAGACACCAGAAAAGACAGAUUUAUCAUGGGGUUGCUGGCAAUUCUCCAAACGAAAAGCCAUUUUAACUUGUGCUGCGCGGCGUGAUGUUGAGAUGGCGGACCCUGGCUCUGAUGGAUGAACUUGCCAUUACUUCACAACCAUCUUCCAAAAGCGCCGUAAGCAACACAAAACUACAAGUGGUGGCUGAAUCUCAUUUCAAGCUCUAUUUCUAUAGUUGUAUACAAUAGCCUUCCUAAGCUCGAAGACCAUAGUCCCCUUACACGCUUGGCAUUGUUGAUAACAAAUCGUCCACAUCGCAUUCAAGGGAGCUGUCCUUUUCAGCACUGGUCAAACGUAGAGAAUGCAUUCCGAUUGCUGCUAAAGCUUUUAAAUACUGACCAAACAAACACUGUCCAGUAACUAGUAUAAACCCAUUGUAUGUACAAAAAAUAUAUAUAUAAAUACACACACACACACACACACAACCAAGGAUGGUGCAAUGUUAAUAUUUCCUUUCCUAGGCCUAUAUUCAUCUAGUCUCCAUCUGUAAAGAAUAAGCUAGUAAUGCAUAGUCCCCAGGUUCAAAUGAAUUAAAAUGAUACAUGGUGUUUCAUUACCCCCCACGGUUAACGAUGCAGGUCGGCGCCUUCAUGAAACCUACCGACACCAAUACAUAGAUGUUUCACUUUUUACAGACUCCAAAUAUCGAAGGAGGCGAGAUCGGCAAAUUAUGUUUGGAAAAAUAGUCAUGAAAUUGAUGGGGAAAUGUUUUAUUUAUUUAUAUUUUGCAAUUAUUCGUGUUUUUUUGUCUUCUAUAAUUAAAAAGUCAUUCUAUUUUCUCCAUCUAUUUGCAUGAACUUUCGCUCUGGUGCCAACACAGGUGCCACCACUCUUACCCUGGCACGCUUCUUUUUAACAAAAUUCAUAUUUGUAUUUUUAUAUCUAAACAAUUGUUAUUGAGAAAUUAUGUGCUAGUCUACCAUCUUACAAUUCAUCAACAAAAUUGUGUGUACUAUAGAAAGGAUAUGCAGAUUGAGACCAUAUAGGCCUAACGGAGAAUCGAAGAGAUUUGGGUUUUGACUUUUCUCAUUCAAUAUAAUUUUUUAAAGACUAACUGAAUGUGUUUGGGGUUUUGCACACAUCAAUGUUAAACUAUUAUUGAGAAAUUGUAUCCUGUGACUUGAGCUUCGUUGAUGAAUUUGUUAGAAAAUAGCCAUUUUUUUUUGUAUAUUGCACUGUUUACGAGGAUCCUCAAAUAACACGUUGGAUUUUGACAGAUUUUGGACAUCAAAGUUGUUUUUUUAUUUAGUUUAUCUUGCACCAUUCUUCUAAGGAAACUCAAUAUGGUUUGUUGUGCAUGAAACCUUAAUAUUUCCAUUAAUGAAACAUUGUUUUACGAAGCAAAAAAAGCAACAGUGUCAUGACAUUCUAAGAAUGAGUCAUUGAAUAUUAUGAUGCCAUUUUCACUGUAUUUGGUGAACAAAUAAAUGGUGAAAGAACAUGUCAAA